AUGCUUUUGUCACCUCUUCUGUCAUGUUCCGCAAAACGAAAUGCGUUGGGGCGAUCCGAUCCGUCAGGUCUGCUAGACGACACUGAUUCAAGCAGUUCCUUGGACGCAGUUCAAGCAGUUCGGGUUGCAUUCUAUGAAAUAUUCAAAGAAGGAUUGAACUGUAAUUUAGGUUUUGGACCGCCAGGAGUCCAACCACCCGCAACGUUUGAGGCUGAACAAUGGUACCCGAGCAAUCUUCCCACAGUGGCACCUCCUUGGAAGAAAGUUGGAUUUGACUUCAAUACCUUUGGAGAAGAGUCGUUUGUGCAAUUCAAUUCCACUUCUUCGUCCGUUGGUGACCAAAAUGACGGCGCUCUAUAUCCAAAUUGUUCGGAUAUAUUUUUCGUACUCGAUUCCAGUGGAAAUGUAGUGGAGCAGUACGAAAAACAGAAGACAUUUAUUAAUAACAUGCUUGUAAUGUUGGAAGAUAAGGAUCGCCAUUAUGGACUAAUGACUUAUGCAAGCAAACGACGUCAACGAAUCAAUGUGCCUAUCAAACUUCAAAUUUCAAAACAGCUCUUCAUGAAGAAGCUAGCGAGAGCACGAUUUCUUUCUGGCGUUACGGCAACUGGUGCAGCCCUCAGAGCGGUUGAGUCGUUAAAAUUUCCGCGUCGAACCGACGUUAUUGUUGUAACUGACGGGUUUUCCUUCGAUUCCGUAAGAACUGAAGCUGAAAGGCUAAGGGAAGUGCUAGGUGAUAUUGCCGGUGACGAUGAGCAUAUUCUAUUGGGGAAUCCAUCCACUCAACGCUUGCUAGAUCUGUUGAAGUGCUAG